CGCUCCCGAGGUUUGGCGGCGCCAGUGUCACUACAAACAUACGAACGUUUUCAAUUAUUUCGAAGCUAACCGCACGAUCGAAUGCGAUCGAUAAUUCAACGAUUGGAACGAUUGGAUGGAAUCCAACGAUUUUACUAAAGACAUGGACGAUAAAAAACGCACCUGCUGCAUAGGAAACUGGAAUGGAAAUUGAAGAAGAAGAAGAACAUCAACCCGUGCUCACCGUUGGAUGCCAGGACAAUGUGGGACUUCAGGACAGCGUGGGACUGAAGGGCUUCAUUGAUCCUGAUACCAGUAGAGACUCCUGCACCUAUAAUGUGCUUCCUGGUUCAUCCAGAGAUUGUGCUGUCAAAAGGGGUCGACUCCAAGCAGUCAGCAGAAGAUGCUCUAAAGGUCGAGCACGUUUUGGAUGUAACUUUUCCACCGCGGGUCGUUGGGUGGGAUGGUCCACACGGCCUCACGUGCUCGGGGAAUGGUCAACGGGGCGAGCCUCCAAGGUAUGGGUGCUGGUGUCGAUGCUGGUACUGAUGCGGAUGCUGGUGCUGAUGCUGAUGUUGGUGCUAAUGCUGAUGCUCGUAACAGUUCGUUUUGAAUCACUCGCGGCUUCACUAUGCGCCCGAACGGAAACCUUCCAGAUUGAACCGGUAGUUCCUAAUCGCGUAACAACCGUCGAAUUUGUUCGCGUCUCCCCGAACGGUACUUCCGCGCUGUUUCGGUGUUUUUCAUCUAUUGAGAGGGAAAAAUUGGAAUUUAUAUAAGUUUUAAUCGGGGAUGAAUCUCAUGUCCCGCUAAUCGUUAUCAAGCCCAUGCAACCUUUUACGACCGCUGGUUUUGCGUCUAUUCCUUUCAAAGCCGGCUUCGACGCCUCGACCCUGAUCGGAAUAUCUGCUCUGCCUUGGAUCGAAAAGAAGCCGCGUUAAUCAAAUCCGUGGCUACUGUUUGGGAAAACCGGCUUCGACGCCUCGAUCAACCCUUACAGCAAGCACGAAAGUGACUUUGAACCUGAGUACGAUGACGGAAGGAAACCCACGGCCGAGCAAUGUUUCUAUCUUUAAGAUUUCUGAAUGACCGGCUUCAACGCCUCGAUAAAUCGAAAAGACAGUUGGUUUAAUUAUAAUUUAUUCCCUUUUCCCUCUCCGAACGCGUCGAAUGAUUAAGGGAAAAAAUAAUUGUAGCUCGUGGAUUUG